CGCAAAUCAUUUUUCAGUUAUUUAUGCAUUAGGUUUGGAGUCACUUUGGCUGUCGAUGCAAAAGUAAGUGCCGAUGGGAAGACGCGAUCAGUGAUGUCAUGGGCCCUGGGAGACACAAACCAUGCAAACACCAAGAUGACAUAAGCAUACCACAGCAACCCUGGAAACGGAAUAGCGUGACUGUUGUUGACGGUAACCAAGUAAGGCAGUAACCGCUGCCAGGCAGUGGAUGAUGGGGUUCCCGUCGUUCCCUAGAGACGAUGGUAUUGUUUGUUCGUCGCUCUCAUUCUUUUCGGCAACAACACGAGUUCCUUCUCCUCUCUCCUGCGACAAAUUUAGAUGCUGCGGUGGGCAUCCUUCUUCGUUUCUUUUUUAAUUUUAGGUGUGGCGGAUUCAAGAUCUCUUGACCAAAUUUUUCCUGGUCCGUACUGUCGCAACUGCUUUAGCGCGGUUGGUUGUUUGUUUAGGGUGGUUUUAGUAUAACUUAGCUGCUGUUCCUUCAACCCCUUCGCAGCGAAUAGGUAAACAACCAUCCGGGUGUCUCCCCAAAACAUCAACAUCAACAGUCUGGUGAAGACUUCAAAGUCUUCUUGUGAUCCAAAAUGGAUGCAAAGCCCCAGCGAAUUCGCGUCCGUGGGGACGAGAAUGCUGCCUUCCCUCUCACUAGCAAAACGGUUCAUCAGAAAAACAAGUCGACUCCCGCCUUGUCCACUAUGUUCCAAAGUGGCGCGACGAAGAAUGGGCCAAGAAGAGCUGCUUUUGGAGACGUCAGCAAUACGAUGAAAACUGUCCAAAGCAUUCGGGAUGACAUCUCUGUUGCAGCCAAGAAACAGACCAAGCCAUUGGAGAAGCCUUCCGUGCAGGUCACGGAAAGGAAAUCCUCUGUCUUAGCCCAACCUGCCCAGCGCCCAAUGUCAGCAGCGGGAGUCAAAGGCCUAUUGAGCAAUGCGGCGACUUCCAAACCCCUGGAGCCCGUCGGAAAGUCGAUCGGCGUGCCACAGCAUACCGCCAACGCCCGAAAGGCCCUGAACAAGCGAGGAACGGUCUUCAAAGAUCACAUGGAACCAUUGACGGAAAAACGCGAACUUACAUCCAAGGAAACAACUAAAAUUAAGGAAGGGAUUACUGGGGGCCAACUCGCGCAUUCGUCUACGGCGCCUUCGCAGCUCAGCAGCCUGAAGGAAAAGGACGUUGUCAAUGAGGGAUCAAAUGAUGAGUUGGAGAACCAUGAUGAACAUUCCAUUGUCAGCUCUGAAGUCGAUGGAGAGGAGAAGGACGCACCUAAGAUCGACGAGGAUGUUUGUAAGGUCCAGGGUAUCAAGGAACUCAGGGAAGCCUCCGAACCCGGUACGGCAACGGAUGCCGACGGCUCAGACCACGCUGUGAAGCCACCACGUGUAUCUGCUCCUGGCGCACAUAUGCCUCAUGAACAUGUGCCCGCCCACUCGGAGCCGGAAGAGUCCUGGGACGACGAGGAUGACGAAAAUGAAGAGGAUGAGUAUAUUACUGCUCGCUCCUAUCGAUCCCGUGGUGAAAACACGACCGGCGCGACUACUACAAUACUCUUUCCGAAAUAUACGCAGCAAGUGAGACGGGAACUGGCUCUGGCAAAACAAAUCGUCGAGGCAACACGGACAGUGGACGAUAUUGAAGAUGAAUAUUGGGAUACGAGCAUGGUCGCGGACUAUAGUGAAGAUAUAUUCGAUUAUAUGCGGGAACAGGAGAUCAAAAUGCUGCCAAACGCGCACUAUAUGGACAACCAAGCGGAAAUCCAAUGGUCUAUGCGGUCCGUCCUGAUGGACUGGCUUGUGCAGGUCCACCAUCGGUUCUCUCUGCUUCCCGAGACACUUUUCUUGUGUGUCAACUAUAUCGACCGCUUCCUGUCCUGCAAGAUAGUCUCCCUGGGCAAAUUGCAGCUUGUUGGUGCUACCGCAAUCUUCAUUGCUGCCAAGUACGAAGAGAUAAACUGUCCUUCCGUGCAAGAGAUUGUUUAUAUGGUCGACGGAGGCUACACAGCCGAUGAGAUCCUCAAGGCGGAACGCUUCAUGCUCACUAUGUUGCAGUUCGAGCUUGGAUGGCCUGGUCCCAUGAGCUUUCUACGGAAGAUUAGCAAAGCUGAUGACUACGACCUUGAGACCCGGACACUGGCGAAGUAUUUCUUGGAGAUUACCAUCAUGGAUGAACGUUUCGUCGGAUGCCCACCAAGCUUCACAGCUGCUGGCGCUCAUUGCCUCGCAAGGAUGAUGUUGAGAAAAGGGAAUUGGACACCUGCCCAUGUCCAUUACGCGGGAUACACCUAUUCACAGCUUUACCCGCUUAUUUCUCUCAUGGUGGAAUGCUGCGAGAUCCCUCGCAAGCACCAUGCGGCCAUUUAUGAAAAAUACACUGACAAACGGUUCAAGCGUGCUUCGCUUUUUGUCGAGGCUGAAAUGAGAAAAGGGUUCCAUCUUCCUGAGAUCACUCGGGAAAAGAGUCUUUGCAAUCCACCAUCUCUUGACGCCGGGCAUCAGUGGAAGCGCGCAUAACUGCCACUCUGUCUUUUAGCAAUUCCCGUCAAGGAUGUCUAGGGGGUCUGGCAUUUCACAGCACGAUUACUUGACAUGCAUACUUGAGUAUUGAUUGAUGAACAUGAAAAGAAAACAUUAAAAAAAGG